UUGUACCAUCGAUCGAACAUUGCAAAUAAGGUGGAUUCAUAGAAUAAAGAAUGAAUUUAAUUUAAUUUAUUAAUCCACCUUGAUUGCGAGGUAUAGGCCGAUGCUAAUCUCUGAUUCUGAGUCGGGUAUCUUUUACUUAUAUAUUAGUAUUUUUUUAAUUAAAAAUGGAUUCUUCUGAAGUUCAGAUUAGUAAACCUACGUCAGAAGUGACCAAACGCAUUAGCUUUUUUAUGAAAAGAAAACGCGAGGAUAAUGAUGACAGAAACCCUAGACUCUACUGUAAUUCAACGGUGGAUAGUAGUUCUGCAAGAACAUGUUCAACAGUUGCAGCCAAGAGGCAAAAAGGAUCAGAAUGUUAUGUAAAAUUGACCAAAGUGCACAACGAUUCAGGACCACAGUGCAAUGGUGGUUUUGACCCUGCCAGUAAAACAAGUUACGAAAUAUCAAAGCAAUUUAAUAUGGGUUUGAAGUCUGACAUUCGUGAAAGAAUAUCAAAUUUAGAAUCCUGCAUGAAAAUUAAACCAGUCGAAAUGGAUAUAUACAAAAAGCUUAAAAUACUUGAGGAUCGUGUAUUAGAGCUAGAAAGCAUGUUGAGCAAAGGAAAAGAUUUAUCAUCUAUUAUGCCUAUUGAUACUAAAACAAAAGAAGAAGUCAUGACUACUAAUGAUUGUAGUAUUAGCCAAAUAAGUGAAAAGACAACAAUUAACAGUGAUAAUUUACAGUUAAUUACAUCAUCAAAAAAACCAAAUAAAUUAUUGCGAGAAAAUAAACCUAAAUAUAGUGCAAGUGAAAUACAGCAGCUAAUAGAGGAAAUAAAAAAGAAAGGAGGAAAAUGAACAUUACCAUAAUUUUUCUUAAGUUCACUAAAUUAUUUCAUUAAUUUAAUUAUUUUAAAAAUUCCCUCCAAUAAUGUGAUUUGAAUAAUUAUUUAAAUUUUGAUACUGAGCUAUUAUUGGUUUUCAAUAUAUAUUU